AUGCGUCGAGGACCGGGUCUGGCAGCCCUCGAUCGCUCCAUCCACUCCAACACCGCCUUCACUAGCCUCGGUAACGACCUCACUGCUUCGCAACUCAACGAGCUCCGCUCGCAGCUCGAUCUCUUCUCGUCAUCGCUCCGUCAAUUCUCCUCACAGCACCGCAACGAGAUCCGCAAGAAUGCCGAGUUCCGCCAUGCCUUCCAGAAGAUGUGCUACAGCAUCGGUGUCGAUCCGCUCUCCUCGUCCGCGCGCAGCUCGGGCGGCCUCGCAGGCAUGUGGAGCGACAUGCUCGGGCUGGGCGACUGGCAGUACGAGCUUGGGGUGCAGAUUAUCGAUGUGUGCGUGAGCACGAGGAGCAGCAACGGCGGCGUGAUCGCGAUGGAUGAUCUGAUCAGGAGGGUGACGCGGUUGCGGACGGGUGGAGCGACGAGGAGCACAGCAGGGACGGGCAAGGGCAAGGCAGACAAGGAAGCAGCUGCAGCCGAGAUCACCGAAGACGACAUUGUGAGGAGCAUCAAGAUGCUGGGUCCGCUCGGAUGUGGCUACGAAGUGUUUUCGUUAGGGAAUGGUGAUCAGAAGAUGGUCAGAAGCGUUCCAAGGGAGCUCGACACGGAUACCAUGUUCGUACUCGGCAUGCUGCUUUCUUCAUCAUCGGCAACGACACCGGCGACAACCGAUGGGAAUGACCUGCCGUUCCUGACGGAAGAGACUCUAGUAGCAGGACAGAAGGCUCGUGGAUGGUCGAGGGAUCGGGCGAGAGCGGUGCUGGAAAACAUGUCGCUCAGGGAGGGGAUGCUGUGGGUGGACGAACAGGCUUUUCCAGCGCGCUACUACUCCCUUGCUACGCUGACGGCCUAA